AAGAUCGUGCUGCAGCUUAUCUCUGCGUAAAUUGUUCGCGGAAGUUAUCGGCAGCGAUUGGCAAUUGGCAGCGACCGGCAGUUAUCAGGUGUGAUGCUCGUAGCGCUCGAAGCACACUGUGUAGCUGUGUAGGUAUGGGAAGGGAAUAGAGAAGAUAGGGAAGAUAGGGAACAUAGGGAAUGUGUAGUGUUGUGUAGGUUAGAUGGGUUCGUUUUGCCGCAGUGUGCUGAACGGUGCUGAAUGUGGUGUUAAAAUGCUUGGUUGACGAGAUGAUUGCAGGACAGUAUCUCUGACGUCUCUGACGACCUGUGAUUCCAGUUGUCCGGAGCAAUUUGGAGGUGUUCCUGUGAAAAUGAUGUCAUCAUCAAAACAGCAGCAUGAAACUGAACAGGCUGGCCAGUAAUGCUCUUGACUUCUGUUCACCAGAUACUUAGUUCAAAUCUUGGCCAGCACACAGGUUAUCUCAACUGAGAUUUUUUGUGGUUUUUGUCCAGGCAAAUAUUAGUAUAGUACCUUGAUUAGGUCAUGGUUGCUUCCUUUCAUAUCCUUUGCAGUUCAUCAGUUAUCCCAUGCUGUAUAGUUUGGCAGUGUUAUUACAUAACCAGCUUAAAUUGCAGUAUCAUCAUCCUAUCAUUCAGCGCUAUAUUGUUAAGUAAACUGCAGAAUAAAUUAAAUUCUCCUCUUGACUUACCAUUGACUGGUUUUGGUUCAUAGAUCAGUCACCCACAAAGGCAGCAGUGCGUGCAAGACAGACAACAUAUAGCUUACUAUAUAUGUAUAGUGUGCAGUCUUUGGCUUCCUCACCCUAAGAUAUGAUUCAGUUGACAGUGCUCUAAAGCAGCACUUCGUAACUGGAGAAACUUUACUCAGAAUACUUCCUUUGAAUAUGGCAUUAAAUUUAAACAGUUGUCCAUUCCUGAUCAUAUUGUGUUUCCCUCCUCAUCUGUCCAUUUUACAUUAUGUCUGCUAUCUUCUGAAGCAACAUUUUCGAACAUUUUACUUCCACUGUCCUCUCAUUUUUUGUGGCAUUUGGAUUAUCAGCUUUUGCAUUCACACUUCUGCCUUUCAUUGUGUGUGCAUGUUGCUCAGUGCAUUUCUGCUUGUGGUAUCUUAUGACAUUUGUUACCUGCAAGUUACACCAUGCAGCAGAUGGAAUAUGGGUUGCUAAGUGCUGCUUCAAUAUGAUAAGGUAGUUGUCACUUGUAUCUUAUCUCCUUGGUGGGCCUACAUGCUGAGUGACCUUGAUAUUUGAUACUGGCAUAUAGUUUUAUGUACUCACAGUAAUAUUCUUUCAAAACAGUAGACUGUGUUUGAUAAGAGGAUCGGUUGAUGCCAGCUGCAGCUUCUGAGGUGACAUCACAAGCUGAAGACUGUAGCUAUGAAUACAGACCACAGGGAAAAGCAGAACCCCCACCCCAGGGCAACUGCCAAUCCAUUCUCAAUAAUCACAUUUGGAUGGACCCACAAGAUAUUCAGGGAAGGAUUCAGGAAGGACUUGGAGAUCGAAGAUAUGUACGGUACCCUAGAAGAAGAUCAUUCUGAUUUUUUGGGGAACAAGUUGGAAAGGAUGUGGAAUGAAGAGUUGGAGAGAACAAGUGACGUGAGUGAGAAGCCUAGUUUGUUCAAAGUGCUUGCCAAGUGUUUUGGUCCAAAAGCUGUUUUACUUGGUCUGAUCGUGGCUACCAUGGAAAUUAUUUUCCGGAUGACGCAGCCCCUGUUUCUGGGAGCCCUGAUUCGCUACUUCUCCCCUGGCAGUGACAUAAGUUAUAGCACUGCUUUCCUAUAUGCUGUAUGCAUAUUUGUCUGCUCUUUCAUCACUGUGCUGGUGAAGCAGGCAUACUUGUUGGCUAUGUUCCACAUUGGCAUGAAGAUGCGUGUCGCUGUUUGUUCUCUGGUGUACAGGAAGGCCCUGAGACUCAGCAAAACUGCUCUUGGAGAAACAAGCGUGGGUCAAGCUGUGAAUCUGUUGUCUAAUGAUGUGAACCGGUUUAACAUGUGCCUUGUGUUUUUUGUGUACGUGUGGAUUGGUCCCAUACAUACACUUAUCAUGCUGUAUUUGAUGUGGUGUGAAAUUGGUGUUGCUGCAUUAACUGGAGUAGCAACCGUACUGCUGUUCAUUCCAGUGCAGGUUUUUCUUGGCAAGAGAACAUCAGUGUUGCGUUUACGGACAGCCAGGAGGACAGAUGGACGUGUCAGGUUCAUGAAUGAGAUCAUUGUUGGUAUUCAUGUCAUCAAGAUGUAUGCCUGGGAGAAGCCAUUCACUCAUCUUGUCUCUCUGGCUCGCAAACUUGAAAUUCAAGCUAUUAGAGCAGCUGCAUAUACCCGUGGUUUCCUCCUGUCAUUUGAUUAUUUUGCUACAAGAUUUGCUGUGUUUGUCAGCAUAGUAACAUAUUAUCUUCUCGACAACAAGAUAACAGCUGACAGGGUGUUUGUGGUGACAGCUUAUUUCAAUAUAGUGAAACAUGUGAUGACAGACUUCUUCCCAAGAGCAGUACUGACGCUUGCUGAGUGUUGGGUGUCCAUCAUGAGGUUGCAGAAGUUCCUGCUUUCUGAUGAACUGAUUACUGCAUCUGAACCCUGUGUAGACAGUGAGACCAUAGCCACGCUGGCUCAUAUUGACAGACCUCUAACUAGUGAUGAUGAGGGAAUGGUGAUGAAUGGUGCCCUGGAUCAGAAGACAUCUUCAGCAGGAAGCAACAUAAAUGCGGAUGUUGCUGCAAGCAAGAAGGGUAUCAAGAUUGCCAAUGUGACAGCCAGGUGGAGUGAGGACUUGCCUGAGAACACUCUGACAGAUGUGAGUCUGGAUGUGAGACCCGGAGAACUUGUGGCUGUUGUUGGACCCGUCGGCUCAGGGAAGACAUCACUGCUGCAUGCCAUCCUGAAGGAACUGCCCCUCAACAGUGGCUCCAUCUCUGUGGGUGGAUCAGUAUCAUAUGCAUCGCAGGAGCCCUGGCUGUUCACAGGCUCUGUACGGCAGAACAUCCUGUUUGCGCAGCCCAUGGACAGGAACCGGUACAGACAAGUGGUCAGAGUCUGUGCUCUUGAACGGGACUUCCAGCUGCUACCCCACGGUGACAGGACCAUUGUGGGGGAGAGGGGUGUCACCCUGAGUGGUGGGCAGAGGGCAAGGAUCAGUCUGGCAAGAACUAUUUACAAGGUAGCCGAUAUAUACCUGCUUGAUGACCCGCUGUCUGCAGUGGAUACCCACGUGGGGCAUCACCUGUUUGAUGACUGCAUCUGCGACUUCCUGCAGGGCAAAACUCGACUUGUGGUCACGCACCAGCUGCAGUACCUGCAGGCAGCAGACAACAUUGUGAUCCUUAAUAAUGGAACUGUAGAAGCUACAGGUACAUUUUCCAGACUUCAAGAAUCUGGACUUGAUUUUGUUAAACAGUUGGAUUUGGAUAUAGACGAAGAGGACAGGGAACUGAAGAAAGGAUCUGUUGACUAUGAUAAGUCACAUGGAUCUUGUGAAAAAAUGAUACGACAGAACUCUGAAACUUCUCAGAGCUCUCUGUCUGGAUCAGAACCAGUGCAAUCAUCCGAGAUGCGGACACAGGGGCAUGUUGGUUUAAAUGUGUACCGGUCAUACUUUGCAGCUGGAGGGAACUGCUAUUUCAUACUGCUUGUAUGUGCUGUGUGUGUGCUGGUACCUGUGGCUACGAGGUCAGGAGACUACUGGAUGGCUUAUUGGACUAAUGUGGAGGAAUUGCGAGUGAAAUUGCCAGGAAACAGCCAUGAAGAUGUGCUUAACGUGACCAGUGCUGCAUUCUUGAACAUCACUACCACUCGUGACCAUGUUAUAAAUUCCACAAUUUAUGCAGCUGAUGCACCAUUCUUGAAGAACAGUACGAUGAAUGUUCCUGCGGCAGUCUCAGCUGGAUGGAGCUGGAUACCAAGCUCAGAGACGUGCAUAUAUGUGUACAUUGGCUUGAUUGUUAGCAUCAUAUUUCUGAUAAUACUGAGAGUGAUCUGCUUCUUCACAAUGUGCACGAGAGCAUCAGUCAAGCUUCAUGAUUCAAUGUUCUCAAGCAUUACACAUGCCACCAUGGCAUUCUUCAGUCACAACCCAUCAGGUCGAAUAUUGAAUCGCUUCACAAAUGAUAUGGGUACUGUUGAUGAAAGCCUCCCACUCACCUUGCUUGACUGUGUUCAGAUUGGGUUGUCGCUUCUGGCUGUGGUUAUUGUUGUAUCAGUUGUGAAUGUCUGGCUGCUCAUCCCCACAACAUUCAUGUUUAUUAUGUUCUAUGCACUAAGACAGUAUUACUUGUCAACAUCACGGAGUCUUAAGAGACUUGAAGCAAUCACCCGGAGCCCUGUGUUCUCUCAUCUCAGUGCAUCCCUGCAAGGUCUGACCACGAUACGAGCUUCUGGGGCGCAGGCCCUAUUGGAGAAGGAGUUUGACAGUCUUCAGGACAUGCAUUCUUCUGUGUGGUAUAUCUACAUAGCAUCAAACAGAGCAUUUGGCCUCUGGCUGGACGUUGUCUGCUCGGUUUACAUAGGCCUUGUUACCCUGAGCUUUCUUAUUGUGGGUGGAAAGCAGUACGGAGGAGAUGUGGGCCUUGCCAUUACCCAGGCAAUGAUGCUGACUGGGAUGCUGCAGUGGGGUGUUCGUCAGUCAGCCGAGAUGGAGAACCAGAUGACCUCAGUGGAGCGUGUGUUGGAGUACACAGAAGUGGAAAAGGAGCCCCCUCUGGAAUCACCUCAUGAUAGGAAGCCACCUGACAGCUGGCCGUCACAAGGUGUAAUUGUGUUCGACCGAAUUUUCCUUGCUUACUCUAAGAAUGAGGCUUCAGUGUUGAAGAAUAUCAGUUUUGUUAUCAGACCAGGAGAGAAGGUGGGCAUUGUGGGUCGCACUGGAGCAGGCAAAUCUUCUCUCAUCGCAGCUCUGUUCCGUCUGGUGGACGUUUCGAGUGGUCGUAUCCAAAUUGAUGGCAUAGACAUUGCCUCAAUAGGUCUCCAUGACCUGCGCUCCAAGAUCUCCAUCAUCCCACAGGAGUCUGUGUUGUUCUCUGGCUCACUGAGAGAGAACCUGGACCCAUUCAGCGAGUACUCAGAUGCUGCAUUGUGGGCUGCGUUAGCUGAGGUGGAGCUGAAGCAGGUUGUAGGUGAGCUGCCUGCUGGACUGAGCCACAGAGUGUCAGAGGGUGGCUCCAACUUCAGUGUGGGACAGCGCCAGCUCCUGUGUCUGGCCCGCGCCAUCAUCAGGAACAACAAGAUCCUGGUGCUGGAUGAGGCCACAGCCAAUGUGGACCCACAGACUGAUGAGUUGAUCCAAGAAACAAUCUGUCACAAGUUCACUGACUGCACAGUGCUGACAAUUGCCCAUCGUUUGCACACUGUCAUGGACAGCGAUCGUAUCCUUGUCAUGGAUGCUGGAUCUGUUGUGGAAUUUGACCAUCCACAUGCGCUGCUGAAGAAUGAGAAUGGCUACCUGUACCAGAUGGUGCAGCAGACUGGACAUCCCAUGGCAGAGUCACUACUGAAGGUUGCACAUGAGAGUUAUGGAAAAAGGAUGUCCAAGAAAGUGUAAGGUGGAAAUUGGCACAUAUCAAGUUCCUUUUUCAAGAUGUGAAACAGUAUUAUAUACAAACAUCUCAAUCCUUGGAGGGAUAGAAUCAUCUUGGUGAAUUUUGAAGAGAAAAAGAUGUCACCCAGUGAUGCAUCAGCUGUAAAACUUGGAAGAAUAUAUUUUUGCUUUUUUUCUAGUAAUAUGGUUAAUUUUUUAAUGUACAAGUUCUUGUGAUUACGGUGAUGUACCUUCAGAUUCCAUGAAAUGGAGGGAAUUUGUUGACUAGCUGAACAACUCUUAGCCUCUCAAAAUUGACUCUUUUCCAUGACUUAGUUACAUUUCACAGGUUUGUUAUUAAGGUAAUAUGUUUAUUUUCCCAGAGUGAGACAGGAACACAAGCAGCUGUGAACCAUUACUUCUCUUUUUAAUCCCUUUCACACCCAGGGCAUCAGGAAGAAGCCUGCCUUCCCUCUUCAUUAUUGUCUUCUCUGUACUUCUGUUUAUUCUUGGUCUCUUUAUCCUCCAUAUUCACAUUUAUCUUAAAUUCCUUUCUAUCCUUUUCCUCCACCAUCUUCUCCUCUUCCAUCCCUCUUUUUUCUGUCUUCUUGUUUCACCCUUCUCAGUGUCCUUACCCACACAUUUAUGCAUUCAGGGUCUGCAAGGGUUCACCCAGUGUAUUAGAGCCACCCAGUUAUGGGAGAGUUCUGAAUCCUGACUUAUGUUCAUGGGACAGAAGUCAUUGAACUGAGAGAGAAUCUUGUAUGCACAGUGUACCAGGGCAUCUAUAAAUGUGAGCGAAUUCAAUAGUAUGUAUGUAUGUAUGUAUGUAUGUAUGUUUUGUCUGUAAAUUCAUAGAGAGGUCAUAUUGGUAAGAAUUACCAUUGUCUGAUAUGUGACGUCAUGUAGUAUGGUAGAAAGCAACUUUUGGAGGAGAUGCUUCCAUCUUUUGCCUUGAGGUUGCAGGCAGCAUGUUGCUCUGAAACAUUGAUAACUUACUGUUGGAUCUCAUGGUGUCACAUCACAGAAGAUGGUGUUCACUACUGUGAGAAUCUGAAGUCUCUUGCAGAUUGUAUUGUAAAGAAUCACAUGCACAGUAGAAUCACCUUAAGAAGUUCUUCAAGUGAGUUUUGAACUUCCAGGAAUUUAAAAGUAAGAAUAUAUUUUAAAGUUAUGCACUUCACAUGCGUUGAAGCUAAAACUUAUGAAUCUAUUUUAUACUGCGAUCCCUCCUUGGUGUGGGCUGACCUUGUUCUGUAAGUGCACUUAGCAGCCAUCAUUUAUCUUUCCUCUUAUCAUUUGCUGCCAUAAUUUUGAGUGCAAGAAUCUCACCACUGCGCCUUCUAGUUAGUAUAAAACAAAUUCCAGAACUUGAGCAGGAUAAUCUCUGAGACCUUGAUGUGUGCUAUGUCCAGCUCUACCACAUUUCACGCUUAGAUUUUGCUUGUGAUCCUGUGUUCUACAGAUGGCAACCGUAUGCUCUCCAUUUUAUUUUUGGAUUUGCACUAAAGGAGAUCCAACACCAAGAUAAUUGCAGCAGCAUAAACUCAUUGCAAUUAGUAUGUACGAGCUGCUUAGGCAGGCAGAUAAGAAGCCUUCAGGGAUUAAGGACUGAGAAAGUUAGGGGAUUGUUGUUGGAAUCAAAUGUGUACAGCAUUGAGAAAACCAUUUUAAACAGAAACUUGCCAAUUUGGAUUCAGUUUAGAUAAGUACAAAGCAUGUGAGGUACAGAGAAUUUUUUACUCUAGAGAUGUCCCAACUUACUCAAAGUAACCAUCUACUGGGAUGUGAUGCCAUGUAAUAUAGCAGAAGUUUGCUGAUGUCUUUGUUGGAUGUACAGUGGAGACAGCAUGUCCUUUCAAUGUUUGUGGAUGUCUAGUAGAUUGCGCGACCUUGCUUCACAGAAGACAGCUGGUUUUAUAAUCACUGCCAUUAGAACCUCAAGUUUCCCUUCCUGUGUAUUGUUACUUUGAGAGGCAUUAGAAUAGAUGCAGCAGACUGUAAACAGAAGUUCAGCAGCACUCGGACAUGUUGCUAGUAAGACAAUAAGUGUUGGAGAUAAUUGUAUCAUUAUUGUAAGAUGUACUGACAAGUAAUGUGAGUGAUGGUCUACAAAGGAGAAAUUAAAGAACUAUUUUAUUCUACACUG